ACCUGCUACUGUAUUAGCAGCUGCACCUGCUACUGUAUUAGCAGCAAAACAACAAACUGCAUGCAUGCAGUUUCUCAGUGACUUUAAAACAUCACCUCCACUAUAAAACUUUUUCUGAUGCUCCAAAUACAGAAAAACGUUCCUUACCAGGGUUUUUGGAAUAAAUAAAGAUAUUAGAAAAUAAGUUUAAAUGUUAAAUAAUAGUUAACAUCACUUAAAUGCAACAGCAAAUUCUCAUUGCUACUGAGCAUUUUCUCCACUUAUGUGGUUAUGAUAUAAGGCUGUUGCUGUAAUUGGGAAGUGAACUGUGCUGGGCCAAACUAGGAGAAUAUUAAGAUUUUCUGAGGGAAAGAGAAAAACAAUUGUCUACCUUUCAGAAGAGGAACUGGCAAGAAUCUACAUGGAAAAUAUUUGAAAACGUUUGUUUUUAACCCCAAAUUGAACAAGUUUACCUAGAUCUUAAAAAGCAGUGAAGUGUAGCGCCAGUGCCCUAUACACUGGCACUACCUGGUAGCUGUUGCGGGUGGUCUUUACGUGUGCUUUAAGCUACAAGCAGCUCAGAUGAUGAAACUGCAACUAUGAUUCUGAUAACAAGCUAACAAACUGAGCUAGCUCCUCUAAGAUAACCGGCUAGCAGAGCUUCUGACUGGCAGUUUAUGUGCAGCAGCAAAUCAACUAUCCUGAUUAACAAGGUUAUAAAAGCUCAUAAAUGAAAAAUCACUUUGAUGUGUGGGGGAACUUUUCCAGGCCCUCUUUAGCUGGGUGGGACUGGGAGGAGAGUGCUGUAGCCUUUUAGCUGGAAGCUAACCGGAGCCUGGGGCUAACAUCACCACCCGGUGGAACACUAGCGACGUGAAGGUGGGUUGGUUCACCGGCACGUGUCGGAGUCAGCCCGGUUAUUAUCAGCUGCUUAACGACACCGAGCGAACUCACGUUCACGUUUGAAAGCAGCGCUGAUUCCAGAAACCUCAGCACAAAGUGUGUUUGUUGCUCUGAGCCAGCAUGACGAACAAGGGAACGGCGCCUCUGACUCAGUUCGGGUGUUGCUUUCCAUCCUAAGGUCUAAGUAGGGGGCGGGCGUAUUACGUAAACGGACCUAUCUGAUUGGCCGCAUAUCAGAAGGGCUCCAUUUGAUUGGUCAAAUAAUAAUUCAGCGUAAAAAAACAGAGCUGGUUUACAAAAAGGUGAUGUAUGACACGGAUGGAAAUGUUGAACCAAACAUUUAUCGCCAUUUUUGACGUGCUUUGCGAUGGGCCUAUCGCACGUCCUGUUAUCCCGAUGACGAUAAUUUUUCGAUAUUUGUGCAGCCCUACUGAACAUGUUGUACUUUUGAGAAUGUCUCUGCUCCCUCUAGUCAGUCUGUGAAGUUGUUGGCAUUAUUAGAUUUUUUUAUCCAAAUGAAAUCUAAAUCUGUUGGGCAAACGCUGUUUCUAAGUGCACAUGUCUCGGCUAGAGAGGUCCGGUGGUGGAGAUGGAGAAGUGUGCCGUCCAGGUAGGAUGUGGGGCACGGUGCAAAAGCUUGGUCAGGGGAAAGCCCGUGUUUUGUUUUCAACUGGUUGGAAAUGAUGGAUAAAGCUGCUGACACCACUGGUUUGGCAUUUAUCAAUACUGAUUGUUUUUCAUUGUAGUGACGGCGGCGUGUAAGGCCACACACGGGUCAGCAGAAAAUAGUGGACCAGCAGCAGUUAUGGGAUGCUGAGAGUUCAGAGCGGCAUUAAUAAGCUGUGGUUUUUCUGUUUUCACAAAGCAACGCUUCUAUUUAAUCAAAGUUUUUUUUACCAAAGUGUCCUUGUGACCAAAAGAUCAAAAGGUGAAGAUCGUCUUUGGUAAUCUCGUGUGAAAAGGCCUUUUCUGCUAAAGCGACCCUUGUCACUAAGGCAGGCAGAAUGUUCCAGCUCCCUGUCAAUAACCUGACCAGUCUACGAAAAGCAAGGAAAAAUGUCAAGAAGGUCCUGGGAGACAUCGGCCUGGAGUUCUGCAGAGAUCACGUUGAGGAUUACAAAGCUUUUACCCCCCCUGAGGUGUACAUUAAGCACACAAGCUGGCAAGAUGUGUGCAUGUGGGAGCCGUCGCAUACCAAAGUCCAGGACUACAGAUCAAAGCCUUUCUGCUGCUCCGGCUGCCUCUUUUCAUCCAAAUAUUUCUCAGCUUACAAGAGCCACUUCCGCAAUGUACACAGCGAGGACUUUGAGAACAAUAUUCUGCUCAAUUGCCCUUACUGCACUUUCAAUGGCAACAAGAAGACUCUGGAAAUGCACAUCAAACUUUUCCACAUGCCCAAUAGCGCUGUGCGGCAGGGCCCCGCUGGUAUGGCGGCAGGGGCUGGCGGCGUCACGAUGAAGGACGGUUUGCUGAAGAGAACCGGAGAUGGAGUGGAACAGGCGGUGUAUUACUGCAAAAAGUGCACCUACAGGGACCCUAUGUACAAUGUAGUGCGAAAGCAUAUCUACCGGGAACACUUUCAGCAAGUAGCUCAUCCCUAUAUCGUCAAACCAGGCGAGAAAACAAAUGUCCAGAAUGGUGGUGUGGCAGGAAACUCUGAGAGUACUAAUAAUACAAACAAUGUUUUCAGCAACCAGAUUCACUGCAAGAAGUGUCUCUUUGUUCCUCGGACUUACGAGGCGCUCGUUCAGCACGUCAUCGAGGACCACGAGAGGAUUGGCUACCAGGUCACUGCAAUGAUUGGGCACACCAGUGUGAUUGUCCCUCGAGCUAAACCAAUUAUCAUGUUCCCUCCCAAAGCUCAAGGAGACAAGACCAUCAUUGGAAUGGGCCCGAAAGGUGCAGUAAUGGCCACUACAAGGUCUCCUGUCUCACAUCAGCUGGGUCGAGCUAUUGUUGGAUCAAAAACGGUCUUUAAUGCUCAUAGCCUUCUGUCUGGAAUAAAACACGAGGCAAUCGGAUUAAAGCCGGGAGUUACUCAGCCAUUCUCUCUGGUUAACCACCAGGUAAGGGCUUCUCUGCCUGGUAACGCCCAGGUAUCUGUGCCACAGCAGUCACACGCAGCAAAGCAGCUCGUUUCUGUUGGUAACCUGCGAAGCCCGCUUAUCGCUGGUGCUUCUUCCUCUCUCAAAUCCAACCCUCUAGGCUCACGCGUUCAAGCUGCUGCCACCACCGUAGCCUCGGUCACCGCUAAGAAAGGCGGCUCGUCUGUCCUCGGCACAUCCUACACUCAGAAGUGGAAAAUCUGCACUAUUUGCAACGAGCUCUUCCCCGAAAAUGUUUACAGUUCUCAUUUUGAGAAAGAGCACAAAGCAGAGAAGGUGCCUGCUGUGGCCAACUACAUCAUGAAGAUUCAUAACUUCACCAGCAAAUGUCUCUACUGCAACCGCUAUCUCCCCAGUGACACUCUGUUGAACCACAUGUUGAUCCACGGCCUCUCCUGCUCGUAUUGCCGGGCGACUUUCAAUGACGUUGAGAAGAUGGUGGCCCACAUGCGUUUGUCGCACCCAGAUGAGAAGGUUGGCCCUCGCACAGACUCUCCCUUGACCUUUGACCUCACCCUGCAGCAGGGCAAUCCCAAAAAUGUCCAGUUGAUUGUCACUACGUACAACAUGAAAGACGCCCCUGAGGAGUCUGUGGCAUUUCACGCUCAGAACAGCACCACCUCUGUGUCAUCGGCACUGUCUGCGUCUUUAAUGUCAGGCAAGCGGUUGAUACCUCAGCAGCCACCCAAAACGCCUUCUGGGCUCCAUGAAAGUACUCCAGUCAAAAGUCCUCCACAAGCCUCGGUGCCCUACAAGAGAGAUGUAGGGAAAACACUAUGUCCUCUUUGUUUCUCCAUCCUCAAAGGUCCUAUCUCAGACUCGCUGGCUCAUCAUCUGAAGGAGAGGCACCAGGUCAUUCAGACAGUCCACCCUGUGGAAAAGAAACUGACCUACAAGUGUAUUCACUGCUUGGGGGUUUACACAAGUAACAUGACCGCCUCCACCAUAACUCUGCACUUGGUACACUGUCGGGGUGUUGGGAAGUCUCAGAAUGGACAGGACACCCGGGCAGCUCCUUCUUCACGGGUCAGCCAGCCUCAGAGCAGUGUCCUGAAACGGCCCAGUGGUGAUAGCUCUGACACCAAUGCACCAAAGCGAAGAAGACCUCCAGGUGAAAGGGCCCAUCCACGGGACAUGAACGGUUCCUCCACGUUUGAAGAAAAUCCAGAUGAACCAGUGGUACUGGCCCUUGACCCCAAAGGCCAGGAAAACCAGUCGUACGAGUCCAGGAAGGCUUUUCUGACACAGUAUUUUAAUCAAGCUCCAUAUCCGAGACAACGAGAAGUGGAGAAGCUGGCAUCCAGUCUCUGGCUGUGGAAGUCUGACAUCUCCAACCACUUUGUCUCCACACGGAGAAGAUGCGUAGAGGAAUGUGAAACCCAGCGCGCUAGCGUGCUGUUGGGAUUCAGUAUGCAUGAGCUCAGCAAACUGAACCAUGGCCUGGCUUUGGUCACUGACGGAGUGUACGAGUGCAGGCACGGCAAAAGCCGGACAUCACAGAAUCGACUGGGAGUAUCGGAGCAGGCUCUUCAAAGACACAGGGACCUUUUGGCUGCUAAUGGUGGACCAAGUCUACAGCAGGUCAAGAUAUCUGGGAUUGUGGAAGGCACCAGAGGAACGCUGUCUGCUCCAAACACCAUCGGUGUCAGCGGAGAUCAAACCAGGACAAUCAGCAGCACCUUAGCACAGAAAACGCCUCUGGACCUUUCUGAGCCCAUCGCCAUCAACUCUGACAGUGAUGAGGAAGAGCAGCAGAUGGUUAACAAGGAGCCAGUGAAAGAGGUCCAUCUCUAUGGCAACCAGCAGCCUCCUGAAGCCGAGGAAAACCUGAACCCAAGAACGGACAUGAAGAUACCUUCAGAUCUGGAUGACAUGUCUGACGAUGAUGACGACGACGACGAUGAUGAUGAUGAUGAUGACGAUGAUGAUGAUGACGAAGAACCUGUAGAAAAUGGCUUUAGAGCCACAGACGGCUCAGGAAUUCCAGCUGCUAAAGGAAGGGACUCUCUACCCAUCAUCAUUCCCAAGUUUGUUCCGUCAUCCGCAAGAAGUGGGAGGGACGGGGGCCAGCUGGGAAAACAGCAAGUCUGACUGAUGACAGUCAAAAAUAAGGCAUUUGGGAUGUUCUUCACACCAGUAAGUCUGCCUCAUUUACUGAAGAAACAUUAAGCCGGGGGGGGGGGG